AUGUCAGUUGUUGGGUCAUUAAUAUUCUGUAAUUAUUGUGGUAAUUUGCUAAAUUCACAUUCUUCAUCGUCACAUAUUGAAUGUGAUGUUUGUCUACAAAAAUAUCCAAAAUCAUCAUUUGAAAAUUUAAAAGUUAUAACGCAAAGUUCAGAAGAUGCAUUCCCAUCAAAAUUAAAAUCAAAUAGAUCAUUAGUUAAGACUACAUUGAAAAAAGAUGAAUUAGAUGAAGGUGCAACUAUAAAAGAAAAAUGUCCAAAAUGUGGUAAUGAAGAAAUGCAAUACCAUACUCUACAAUUAAGAAGUGCCGAUGAAGGUGCUACUGUAUUUUAUACAUGUACAAAAUGUCAAUAUCGUUUUAGAACUAAUAAUUAG